GGUACUUUAGAGUAGUGAAAUCCCACUCUCAGGAAACACAUUUCAAACGUCAAAAUCACUUGCUUUGGAUUUUGGCGUUCAAAGCUUCGUAUCUGCAGUGGAAAUGGCGGAUUCGACUAAACAGAAUAAUGUUAGGUCUAUGAACCCAUGGUUUCUCCAUCUACAGAAAUUGGGUCUUGAGCUCAAAUGCCCUCUUUGCUUAAACUUCCUAAAACGACCAAUUUUGCUUCCUUGUGAUCAUAUUUUCUGCAACGCAUGCCUACCCGAAACGACGCAGUUUGGCCCAGAGUGCCCUGUUUGUAAAGCUCAAUAUCUUGAUCGGGAUCUGAGGGCCUUGUCUUUCAUUGAAAACUUGGUAACAAUCUAUAGAAGUUUGGAUGCUGCUUUCUGUGCCAAUCUGUUCCAGUCCAGCUCAUCUGGUACUGGGAGAAUUUUGGAGCAAUGUCCAACUUCAACAGGUGCAGAUUGCAAUGAUAAGUCAAGUAAGGAAUCAUUUAAAGCUGCUAGGGAGGAUAAUUCAAGCAGUGGGGGUUCCAUGUUUAUACUGGGAGGCAAUAAGUUAGCUCAGGUUCCAUCGAAUUGUUCUGUUGAAAAUGGGGUUCAAAAGAUUGACAUGGCAGACAAAUGCAAUGUGACAAGGCACCUUAAAGAUAAAGAAUAUGAUAUAGUUGGCAGUGGAGGAAAUGAAGGUGAUGGAGAGCAGAAUAUCAAUUCUCCACCAGCAAGUUCUCAUAUAAGAGUUGGAGGAAUCCAAGAGUGUAUGACUAUGGUAAUAGGAACAAAUCAAGUGGAUCAAUUGUCAGCUGGUAGCCCUCCUUCAUUUGGUGAUAUUAGGAGUUCAGAAAAUGAAAGUUAUGAUCAGGGUGGUGAUAUUAGUCCAAAAAAUUAUCAAGCAAAUAGAUUGUUCAAGAGAAAUCUUGAUGAUAGCAUGAGACAAGAGAGAUAUGACUGUUUUGUCUCUAGAAAUGAUGGAGUUGAUGCAAGGGACUCGAAGAGACAUAAGAAGUUGAGCUAUGGUCCACUGAAUGCAUGCACAAAUAAUAUGGAUAGUAUGCCAGUUAGUUCUCAAGCUGGUAAUUUGGGGACUCAUUACUCUCAAUCAGAAGAUAAAUCUGAGCUACCUGUUAAUGGUGCACAGCCUCUUACAGCGUUAGAUGACUCAUCCGCAGGAAAAGCUGUUUGUGGAUUUUGCCAGUCCUCUAGAAUCUCCAAGGACACUGGUCCAAUGUUGCACUAUGUCAAUGGGAAGUCAGUAGAGGGUGAUGAGGCAUUUCUAUCCACUGCCAUACAUGUUCAUAGGGCAUGUAUUGAAUGGGCACCACUGGUCUAUUUUGUUGAUGAAACUGUUAAGAAUCUGAAGGCUGAGUUGGCUAGGGGUGCGAAACUAAAGUGUAGCAGCUGUGGGCUGAAGGGAGCAGCUCUAGGCUGCUAUCUAAACUCUUGCAGGAGAAGUUACCAUGUUCCUUGUGCAAAGGCAGUCGCUGGUUGCCGAUGGGAUUUUGAUGACUACCUUGUGCUUUGUCCAUCUCAUUCUUCAAUCAGAUUUCCAAAUGAAAAGAAGUCCAAGCCUAAGAAACACAACAUAGAACAUUGUAACGUGACAACUCAAAUAGCUCCAAAACAGUCUAAUUUUUUGUCAGAAUCGUUUAACGGAGCAAAAGGGUGGGUUUUUUGUGGAUCUGCUCUGUCUUCUGAGGAGAAGUGUCUUUUGGUUGAGUUUGGGAGCAUGAUUGGCGUGUCUGUAACCAAAUUCUGGAAACCAAAUGUCACACAUGUCAUUGCAGCCACAGAUACAAAGGGUGCAUGCACCAGGACAUUGAAAGUUCUCAUGGCAAUUUUGAAUGGGAGAUGGGUUCUUACAAUUGACUGGGUUAAGGAAUGCAUGAAAUCUUUGCGUCCUGUUGAUGAAGAACCUUAUGAAGUUAGUCUCGACAACCAUGGGUGCUACAAUGGCCCCAGAACUGGCAGGCUCAGUGUGUUGGACAAGGCACCAAAACUCUUCAAUGGCUUGAAAUUCUAUUUUUCUGGUGACUUUGUGUUGGGUUACAAGGAAGAUCUUCAGAAUUUGGUCAAAGCUGCAGGAGGUACUAUUUUGGGGAGAGAGGAAGAAUUAGUGAAACAAAUUAAUGACCCAGAAGCUCCUUCAAAAACUUUAGUCGUCUAUAACCUUGAUCCUCCGCAGGGAUGCAAGUUAGGAGAGGAAGUUACAAUUCUUUGGCAGAGACUAAAUGAAGCAGAGAAUUUAGCUGCUAAAAUUGGAUCCCAGGUCAUUGGUCAUACAUGGGUAUUGGAAUCAGUUGCUUCGUAUAAGUUGCAGUCUUUCAUCAGCUUGCAUAGUAUUCGCGAUGCGAGUAACUUGAUAGUGUAAAAUAAAAGGUACUAGUGUUUUUUUAGGUUAUGUUCAUUCUGUGCCCUGAGAUAGGUUAAUUGUUUUGUUAGAUUCAUCUAUGUAAUAGUGCUCAGGAUGUUGUAAUUUUAAUGUUUUGAAAAUGAAAUCAAGUUGCCCUUACCCCAAUAUAUAUGGUGGGUUGGCAUAAUGUUAAAA